AAACUUUACAGUGAGACGUUGUCCUCUCGCAAAUGAAGGCAAUAACAUUUCAGAGGCCUUAAAAGUGUCUCUCACAUCAUUGAAUUUGUAAACUUUACAGUGAGACAUUGUCCCCUCGCAAAUGAAGGCAAUGACAUUUCAGAGGCCUUCCUAAUUAUUUGGAGAUUAUGACGAGCUACAAGGAGAACGAUCGAUCUCUCAAGAGAAGAAAAAAUCCAAUAAAUGAUGUUGGGGCCGAUGUUUUGCUCAAGAUUUUCAGUUAUUUGGAUCUUUUGGACCUCGCGCGGGCUUCCACAGUCAACAGAUCUUGGCACAGCAUUAUCGAGAGAUCUUCUUUAUGGAGGGAUGCAUAUUAUAUGCAAAGACAUGAAUUCCUUAAUCAUUCGAAGGAUGACACUCUAUCAGAAACAUCCCCGAAGGACUGGGUGAGACAACUUAUGAGUGAGCAGCACAAAUCUGCACUUGUUCAUGGUUCAGGUCAAGUUUGCUGUUGGAAAGGUCAUUCUACUGGGGUGAACAAGUGCAGAAUGAGAAUGGAAUCAAUUUUAACGGGUGUUGGUGAUCAGACUGUACGGAUAUGGUCUUCAAAGAAUUUUAAAUGUCUGGAGGAAUACUCAUCUCCAAACAGGUCUCCUUUGGUUGAUGUUGAUUUCGACGAGAACAAGAUUGUAGGCCUUGUUGGAGGGGACAUUUGCAUUUGGAAACGACAUGGUAAUAGACAUCUUCUUCGUGGGCACAUUCAACGUGCAUAUUGUAUGUGCUAUGUCGAUCCAGAAGCAGCUGUUGGAUGUGGGGAUGGAACAAUUCGCAUUUUUGACAUGUACAGCAGUCAAUGCUCUCGUAUAUUCAGGGAGCAUAGCGGUGCAGUGACUUGCCUAUCCAUUGCUGAUGAACGGUUUCUGAUCAGUGGUUCUUCUCUUGGAAGUCUAUCUGUUGCUGAUGUGGUCUCUGGGCAAAAAGUGGCUUCUCUUAGACAGCCCACUGCACCAACAGGUAUUAGCUGCCUUUGGGUAAAACAAGGAUCAUUUGAAGUUUUUUCAGGAACAACAUCUGGCCAUGCUUAUUGUUGGGACCUUAGGACCCACAAGCAACUUUGGGAGAUGAGAGUUAGUUCCAAUGAGAUAUAUUCUAUUCAUUCUCUAGCGAUUGAUUUAAAAACUCUUGCAUUGGGGGGCAUUGAUGGCAUUUUACGAAUAAUUGAUGCUAAAAGUGGUGAGAUCCUUUCCAGCUACGUGCCAGCUGCCAAAAUGACCAAUAUUUCUGGUGGGUUAGUUGCCAAGUGUUCUGCCAGUAAAGUAAGUUCCCCAAUAGAUAGGAUACCAAAGAGUAUACGGCGUCCUAUUACAUGUGUUGCUGUGGGAUUGAACAAGAUAGUGACCACACAUAAUGAUAAGAAUAUCAUGUUAUGGACCUUCCAAAGGACAAAAGUCAAAUAGCAGUUCUUAUACCAAUGUCUUGGUAGAAUGGGAUCUACUAAUGUAGCACUUAAUUUUUAUAAACUUGGCAAAGGCUAGAGAGUAGUUCCAACUUAUGUCAAGAAUUUUAUGUAUGAAAAUCCUGGUACCAAAUAAUGAAUCUGUAAACCAUAUGAAAUGUAUGGCUAAGGGGAGCAUUUGAAUUAAUGCACUAUCGGAGCUUUUAUUGGAUUUGUAAUUCAAUAUAUAUACAAAUCCAUACUGGACCAAUAUCAUCUUGUUGGGUUUGUUCAUUUACCCAGUUUGAUAUGUAAAUUUUGCACUGCUCAGCAUAAAUAUAUGUUGCUAGCAGUGAAUGUUGUAAAUGGUUAUUGAAGUAAUUCAUUACUUUAUGCUCAUUUAUACACUA